GCUGCUGCAGGAUGCGAAGGGCGCCAAAGUCUAUGCGCUGGAUUUAAGAGGCAUCGAGGGGAUUAGCACGGGUAUGACGAUGGGCGUCAAGCUUGUGCUGAGGAAUGUGGACGUCCGGAGGGCUGUGGUUAUGCUGGAGCCUGGCCAAGUGCAGCUUUUGGGUGGGAAGAUGGAGGCGCUUGACAAGGCGUGGAAGGAGGGGCGGAAAGAGCGGCUGAUGAAUGCUGCCAAGGCUGUAGGCUGAAGCCGCAACGUGACGACUCUGAACUAUCACAACGACGUCCUUAUCACUUCUAGGAAAGCUAGGGAGUUUGACGAGCGCGAGCGCACACUAGCUUGUUCCGCUUCUUUCCCAGACGCUGUAACGUACGAUCCUACAUUGGCCUCGACCAUGAUAUGUUAUGUCUGCGAUGGCGUCCUCCAGCACCGAAACGGGCUCCUUUCCAACAGCAUCAACAGCGAUGGCCACCGAAUCAUCAAAAUGGUUCAUCAUCGCACAGCUAGGAGCCUCCAGGAUUCUGUGGUUCAAGGUUGUUAUAUAUGUCGGCUGCUGUGGGAUGAUUUGUCGGAUGUUGAUCAAGAAGCAUUGAAAGUUGUAUCCAACCGCGCUACAUUAAAGGAGAGACAAAGACGGAGGGGAGUAGCUCACCGCGAAUACCAACACUUGUUCACCGAGUGUUUUCUCGAACGGUUUGACGUGGGAUAUUUGUUGACUAUUAAAUUUUCCGAGGCAAAGAAGAGCCAUACGGUGUCCGGAUACUUCUUGUCGCCGAUUUCAAGCAAUCAAUCAACUUCAGGGCACCGUCCGAGCUCAUACAGUACGUCUUCAGACGAAGCCUGGGAAACGGCUACAGGAUGGUUGAAGGAUUGUCUCACCACACACUCAGCCUGCAACAACGGCUCGCACUCUUCUUGGUAUCCCACUCGUCUGCUUCAUGUGGGACAACAUGGGGAACACAGCAAAACCAUAAGACUAGUCUGCACGGCCGAUGAUCCUCCAUCGGGCCCUUAUGUCACUUUAAGUCACUGCUGGGGCGCGGCCAGCUUCAUCCAACUGGUCCGUGCUAAAAUCGACAACUUCUGUUCAGGCAUACCUCUCUCAAUACUACCGAAGACGUUCAAAGACGCAGUGUUCGUCACUCGACGGCUUGGAAUUUCGUACCUGUGGAUCGAUUCCCUCUGCAUUUUGCAAGAUAAAGAUGACCUCUCCGAUUGGUCCGCCGAAGCUGCCAUGAUGGAUAAAGUGUACACCCACUCCUAUUGCAACCUCUCUGCGGCCGCUGCAAUGGAUAGUUCAAGGGGGCUUUUCUUUCCUAGGAAUCCUCGGUCCUUCAACUCUGUUAAAGUGGACCUGUGCGUUCGAGGUUUUACCAAGGAGAUUGAUUAUGUUAGAUGUACGGUUACCGACCGUUUCUACUGGUUGCACAAUGUCUGGGAAAGUCCAGUCAACAAACGUGGCUGGGUCCUACAAGAGCGCUUGCUCUCACCUAGAGUUCUUCACUUCGGAUCCAACCAGUUGUUGUGGGAAUGUCGCGAACUGGAUGCGGCGGAGGUUUAUCCGCAUGGUCUUCCCAAUGCUCUGAGACGAAGCGCGUACACCAACUUCAAGCGACAGGAGGCCGACGUGGACGCGGUACAUUUGCAUGAGGAUUGGAGAGCCAUCGUACAUACCUACUCUCGAACCACGCUUUCCAGACCUGGCGAUAAACUCGUGGCAAUUUCAGGGAUAGCAAAGCGCAUGCAAACCAUUUUGGACGACGAAUACAUUGCCGGACUAUGGCGAGCGGACCUCCCCAUCCAACUUUUGUGGCACACUCUCGGGCGUAAGUCCGAUGGCGCAUUGUCGGCACGUCCGUGUGCGUACCGCGCUCCGACUUGGUCCUGGGCCUCUCUUGACGGGGAGAUCAUUUUUGUCGACCAGAUCUUUAGAAUCUUGGCGGACGAGUUCGCGGUUGUCAAUGACGUGCAGCUUGAGUAUGCCACUAAGGAUACAACUGGCGCCGUCACGAGCGGGUACCUGGAUUUGGUGGGGUAUCUCAAACCCUUCCGCUUAGUGAGGGACUUCGGGUUCGGCUGUUAUCUGGAUUACUGGGACACUUCCGAGCUCGAGAAUGAGGGAAGACAGCUUUGGUGCAUGGCUGUAUGCGUUCACCGCUCCAUUGGAAGCUCUCCUUACUGGGCUGAUGGGGAUUGCUGUAUGUCGGUUUUGCUAUUGAAGUUGGUUGACGAAGAGAAAGGCCUGUUUGAGCGGAUAGGUCUCGCGGGGCGCGUUAACCCGGAUCAAGGAAUGGUGGAAGCAUUGGUCACAGAAUCGGAAAAUGGGUUGCAGAUGCCUUGCAGAUCCUACGAGGAUGGAAAGCACACCAUAAGGAUCGUGUAGGAGCAUAGGCUUUACCGACAUGUUUCUCUCCACACACCCUAGGCCCUCCCAAACCCUUUUUGCGACUCCGGUCACAGAACCUUUUGUUAGUUGGACGAGCCUGUGUCUACCCCGCCUUCGCAGGACCACCUGCAACGAAAGAUCUGAGAUCACCUCAUCACGCGACCUCGUGAACGCCUCGUGUGGAAGUCUAUUCAGCCCUAUGACGUAACCCCCCCUCCUUUGUCCAGACGCCGUAUAUUUCCAUCCC